UAGCGCGCGCGAAAGCUAGCUGUAAACAGGCCCGGAAGAAUAUCGCUCUCCUGCGUUCACCUGGCGUGCGCGACAACGGGCGACCGCCGCCGCCCUACUCCCAGCUGCCCAGGUCUUCGUCGGGCCCUUUGCCGGCGGCGAGUACCCACACACCAGGAUGGCGCUGAGGGGAGUUUGGCAGCUGCAGAAGCUCGUGGUAAACUACUGCGAUUGGGGAGGGAGCAGCAGGGGCAUCAGGGCCUUCAUGGAGGCACAACUUCCAGCCUUUAAGGAAAAGAAUCCACACUUAGAAGUGGUGACAGAGCUUGUCCGCGGUCAACAUCCUAACUUGAAGGGAAUUUACAAAAACCAUAACGAGCGAGUGGUCUGUGUGAGAAAUUUACCGCCAGAAGAAAUACUCCUGCAAGCCACCAGGCUAAGGAACUCCCUGGGCAGGAAAGUGGUGAAGCUGCGAACCAGACACGUAACGAAACGGCCCAGUGUUCAGGGGACGUGGACAACGGAACUGAAGAUGUGAGAGCCAAGCUACCAGCCAAGAAAAUGUCAGCUGUGUCAAUAACUUUGGUAGAGCUGCCGUAGUGCCGUUAUGCUAGCCUAUUUCAAUAGCCAAACUGUUUACACUUUUGUUCCGAGUACAGUCUAGUCAUAACAUAGAUACACUUGGACCUUGGAGUUUCUUUUUAGUGCCAGGCCGUCACAUUUGACAUUUUAGUCUGGUGAUAUCUGUCUCCUAUAUUAGACCAGUACCUUGAUGUUUCAGCUCGCGAGAUUUUGUGAACACAUAACUUUGCUAUGCUAUUGUUAUGACCAAUGAUUUCUGGUAC